CCAGUCGUUCAGUGGGAGGGGAAGUCCCACUGAUUGACAUGGGGUGUGUGACCAAACACAGUCAGGGUGUUGCGCCGGGAGCCAGUGAAUGGGGUGGCGGAAAGAGCUGUGAAAGCGGUGCAGUGAGUGAGACAGCAGACACACAUACGAGAGAGAGAAGCGAAGCGAGGAACAGCAAAGGACAUGGCAUCCAAGUGCCCGAAAUGCGAAAAGACUGUGUACUUCGCUGAGAAAGUGACCUCUCUGGGAAGGGAUUGGCAUAAAUUCUGUCUGAAAUGUGAACGCUGCAACAAGAUUCUGUCGCCCGGGAGUCAUGCCUCGCAUGAUGAUAAACCAUACUGCCAUAAACCUUGCUACGCCACACUGUUCGGCCCUAAAGGUGUGAACAUCGGAGGAUUCGGCUCCUACAUCUACGACCAGCCCCCGCCGGCCUCUAAUAAUCCACCCCCAAGCAUGGCCCCUGAGAAUCAGGCUCCCAAGGCAGUGGCUCCAAAAACUACAGCCCCUCCCAAGGGCCCCAGUAAAGCAUCGAGCAUGACCACCUUUGCCGGGGAGCCCAACAUGUGCCCGAGGUGUGGUAAGAAGGUCUACUUUGCUGAGAAGGUGACAUCACUGGGCAAGGAUUGGCACCGUCCUUGUCUCCGAUGCGUGCGAUGCAACAAGACCCUGAACCCCGGAGGCCACGCAGAGCAUGAUGGACAACCCUACUGCCACAAACCCUGCUACGGAAUCCUGUUUGGACCAAAAGGGGUCAAUACCGGCGUUGUUGGGAGCUACAUCUAUGAGAAGAGUGAUGCUGCUGGGGGCCAGUGAUGGCUUUCAUACACUCCAGGAAGAUCCAAGUUCGAUGUUGUGCUGUUUACCCGCUAACGCAAAGUGCUGGGGACACUGUCUUCACUGUAACACACAGUAACAGUAGUUUAGAACUUGUCGUGUUCAGAUGUAUUCCAUGUAGUGUGCAAUCUGUGAGGGAUGGGACAGGGCUGCCCUCACUACCUGAUGGCCUCCGAUCACCCUCUCGAACUUUAACGUAGCUCCAAGCUGUUGGCAGCUCUUAAAAACACCGCAGAUCUGCCAAAACUCUUGUCGGAUCUCAAACCACAGAGUGAUGGUCAGGGUUAAAAGCCAGCAAAUGUUUUUAUUUUUGAGCUCUACUGCAGUACCUAUAAGUCACAACAUCUUGAUCUCUCCUUGUAUUAUAAGCUGCUUGUCCCCUCAUCACUCACUCCAUUGUGAUUUCAAGCACUACAGUAUUAUAUUGUGCAAAGUACGUUUUAAAAAUCUUGUUCUUUUUCUAAAGAAAGCACCAACAAAGUGAAGCACCCUGUUACAUCACAUUAAAUAAAAUAUUAAAUGCUUGUCAUUCCCUUUAUUGAUAAUAAACUUAUGCCACAUA